AUGGCAAAUCCAAUACCUAUCUCCACGGUUAUUAAAAUGAUCAAAUACGGUAUGGAGACAGUAGAGAUAGUAACCUCAAACAAAGAAGCCUGUGCGCGAGUCGCUGAUGAUUUGGAGAUCAUAUACGAUAUUUUAAAAGGGGUUGAUGAAACAAAUAAAUCAUCCGCAGAUAAGCAUAGGUAUUUUCUUGUAAUGAAAAAACUUUAUGGAAUUGCGGUUCGUUCGAAGAUCUUAUUCGAAAGAUGUGUGAAAGGAAAAAGAAUGGUUCGCAUUCGAAAUUUUCUCUCCGCAAGACCCAUCAAGACAGAAUUAGAAAAGAUACAAUCGGAAAUACCACUUGCAAUCAACAUGUUAUGUUUGGUGUUCCAUGUCAAACAAAACUUUGGUCGUGCUCGAUGUAGUCUACCAAUUCCGGAAGCUGAUGAAUCAGUAUUUGACAACGAAGAUGCACAAACUGCCGAAGGAGACGAUGCCGAAUACUAUUUAGACGAUGAUACUGAAGAUGAAUAA